AAUAUUCUUUUUUUCUCUUAUCCUGUUCAGACUCAAUUCCUACAGUCAAAAUUUUAAGUCCACGCCGAGAAAAUCGUAAUAAAUCCCGAUAACAUAAUAAACGAAGCCAGUUUGGCUAAUACGACUCGAUCAUGGCGGAACACAAAGAAAAGAAGAGAAAACGUGGCGAGGAUGCUAAUUCGCGACCGAAGAAAAAGGUAGCUAUUCAAGAUUCACAGCCGACACAAUCUAGCAUCGUGAAGGUCUCAUCUAUCCAGCAAGCGAAGACAUGCCCGCCGGUGAUAGCAACGUCGCCUGGUCUUUGUCUUCCCGAUUCUGUGAAAUUCCAAGCCUAUACCAAACCACAACCCUCCAGUGCAAAACGAAGCAAGCGAGCCGAACCUCUAAACCUCAUGUUACAUUCCUCCUCUCAUAGCAAGUUAGAUUAUACAGCAAAGGAAGAAGGUCCUGGUGGUCGAGAGUCGCAUCUCAAGCAUUACAUUGCAGUCUUCGAUCCGAGCAAUGGCAAGUUAGCUGUAAUAGAAGCCAAGAAAAUGGCAGUCCGAGGUGUAGUUCGGACACAAAAACCUCCCGAGGAAGACACUUCAGAAAGACAGGCUUCUAAGACAAUGAUGGAACUUCGUAACAAUCUUGGUGAGGCAUUCGGAACCAAGAAGGCAAAGAAGGCUCUUGCUGCAAUUACCGAAAAUGCAAUCGCUCCGGAGAGAGCCGUGGCCGAGGCGGGCAGAAACCCUCAGAAACUUAGCAAUUCUUCCCAAGCGUUAAUGGAGUCUAUAAACGAUGUCACAUCAGGAAUGGCGUCUAAAGAAGAUCUUCAAGCAGCCGCUGAUGCAGCGAAACCAGUACCCCCUGGAAACUUCGAAGCUCAAGAGAUCCAGGACGUAUACACACUCGAAGAGCUUAUUGGAGGCGAGAUCUUGAACUCCAUUCCCAUCCAAGACUGGCGGGAUCAGCUUAAGAAGGGAACAAGCGUGCCAAUGCCAACUCAAUUCAUUGCGAGGCGACUUGUGCCUAUCAACGAAGGGCCGAAUCCGGUACACAGAUUACGAGCCCUUCGAUACCUAGACUUCCUCAUCAAAUUUACCAAGAGCAGCAGGCCAGGAAAGGAGAGAGGUACUAGGCGAAUUCCACCGAGGGAUAAAUUACGAGAGAUAUUAAAACCAGCACCAGAACCUGUCGUCGAGAAUAUUAGACGCAAGUUCUCGUCUAAUGGAGAGAUGAGGAAAUUCCACACCGACCUAACAUACACUUACUGUUGUGCCCUUGCGGCAGUCUUAGCCAAUUUCAGCUUCGAUACAGCUAGCAUCCGAUAUGAUCUUGGACUUGACGAGAAACAAUUCGCUCAAUACUUCCGCGAGAUUGGUGGCAAGGUUAAAAAUGCAAAGGGAGCAGAGAAAGGCACACAUGUGCAAGUGGCGGUCUUGGCGCUGCCGCUAGAAUUCCCGAAGGUCAGAUAUCAACGUCCACGCGGACGUUAAUACGUUUUAGUUUUCGGAUAUUGCAUUUCUCAUCAACGGCGUUGACUGUAUUGCAGUCUCUUUUAAGGCGGGCAAGGAACCUAAUAUUUGUCGACAGAUCGAUAGGGAGGAACCGUACGCAGUCACGAUCAGCGAGGACUGCUAGCGAAAGCAGUUUUAGUAAGAUGCUUCUUAAGGGAAGGGUAGUCCGUAGAUUACUCUUUCUGUGGCUAUUGCGCAAAAUUACACAUUUUUACUAAUGCUUCAGCCAGCUCAAGCUAGGAGCCAAUUCGCCAUAAGUGAUUUCUUAACUAGAACGUCGCCGUUAUUUUAACCCAUACGUCCGGUAGUUAUGUAUUUCGCCUUCCCUAAUCCGAUUAGAUACCGAUGAAGUGGAUUUAGCGGGAAGGGUCCGCUCCGCCGCCAACGGCCCCUAACCGGCGCAAAACUAAACCAAGACGGAGCCAGCCUACACAUUCCCGGGAAAUCAUUACCAGCUACUAG